AUGAUGAUCACAAGUGAUACGAUCAAAAGAAUGAAUAAUCUUAGCGAAGAGUUAAAGUCAAUCAACUUUGAUACACCUGCCAAGAUCUUUCAGAACAAACAUGCUAUUCAUCAAUUCGAAAAUGUAACUCCAGACGUAUCUGUACCUGGUACACCUAUUAUACAUCGAUAUCCAAAGUCAACUGCUUCUUCUAAUGCUACUUCUGCUUAUCCUUCACCGUCUUUACCUCCCACUGCUGCUCAUACUCCUCCUUCAUUGUCUCCUCAUCACAGUGGUGAGAAUGAUUCUGUUGUUAUCACAGUUCAAGAUCAUAGUUCAAAUCAAGGUACUCUUCAUUCAAGUCCUCGACCUAUUUCUUCUGCCUCUUCGUCUUCUUCUGAUAACGGUGGUGCUACUCCUCUCUCUUUAUCACGACCAGUAUCUCCAGAAAACAACAACAAUAAUCAAGAUACCUCUAGUAGUAGUAGCUCUCUUCAUCCUCAUACCACCAGUUCUACUUCCACCAAUAAUACUGUACCCGGACGACCGUCUACACCUUCACAAUUCAUUUUUAAGCGACCCGAAUAUAACAAAAACUAUCAUCAUACUCAUUUUCACCAUUUGGAAAAGAAAGAUACCAUUUUACACGAUCUCAAACGAUUCUUCAAAAAUGACAAGAAAAAGAAGAAAGCUUCUUCCAUCACAUCAAAAGCAAGUAGUCAAGGGAAAAUCAGUGAUUUAUCAUUUGCCAAUGAAUUCAACAAGGAUUUAGAAGGUCGAUAUGGAAAAUGGGGUCGAUUUGUAGGCAAAGGUGCUGGUGGAUCGGUACGAUUGAUCCGACGUAGUACAGACAACAAGACAUUUGCGGUUAAACAGUUCCGGAGAAGAGGCACCAAUGAAAACGAAAAGGAAUAUGUCAAGAAGGUUACUGCGGAAUUUUGUAUUGGAUCUACUCUUCAUCAUCCCAACGUGAUUGAAACUUUGGAUAUUAUUCAGGAAGGCUCCAACUUUUACGAAAUUAUGGAAUUUGCUCCUAAUGAUCUAUUCAAUAUUGUUAUGAGUGGUCAGAUGUCACGGGAUGAAAUCGCUUGUUGUUGGAAACAAAUGUUGAAUGGUGUUCAUUAUUUACAAUCCAUGGGUAUUGCUCACAGAGAUUUAAAAUUGGAUAAUAUGGUAUUAGAUGAACGUGGUAUUUUGAAAUUGAUCGAUUUUGGAUGUGCAGUGGUGAUCAAAUAUCCUCAUGAAAACAAGAUUCACCGCAGCAAAGGAAUUUGUGGAUCUGAUCCAUAUAUUGCACCUGAACAAUAUACCUCUCUAGAUUAUGAUGCCACUUUGACUGAUCUUUGGUCUUGUGGGAUUGUAUAUGUAUGUAUGAUCAUUCGACGUUUCCCUUGGCGUAUUCCUCGUCCAGCUCAAGAUCAAUCCUAUCGAAACUUUAUCACGCCAUCCACACAAAGCGCCGCCCGGUUAUUCAAAAUGUUACCUCGUGAAUCUCGCUCCAUUCUAUCUCGUAUAUUAGAACCUGACUCAACAAAACGAUGUACCUUACAAGAUGUAUUGGAUGAUCCUUGGGUAAAAUCGAUUGAUACUUGUACUGCUGAAGAACCAAGUAUUCAUCAUCAACAUCAUCUUUUGGUGCAACCAAGUAAAAAAAUCAUGGAACGUGGCAAUAUCAUUGUUUUGGAUAAUCAACCUACUUCUGAUGAUGCUUCGACCAUUGUGGCUGAUAAUAACAAGAAAAAGAAGUAG